AUGUCUAGCCUUGCUCUGCGGGGCAGCAGCGAGCAGGAGUCGGUCGGCCCGGCGCAUGAUUCUGCGUUUACUUGCACACUUUACGCGAUGAUCGGCGAGGGCGAACUUGCUUCUCCUCGCUGCCUGCUGGGCCUGCGCCUUGAGCUCGAGUGCCACGUUUCGUCCUUCUACUCCGGCCUCUUUGCUGCGGAUCCCUCAGCUGCUGCAUCAUCUGCCGCCGUAGGCACCCUGCUCACCGCCGUGGGGCCGCUCGCCGCCACAGCAACUGGCUCGUCGAUCGGCGCUGCCCCUCUGACUAUCAGCACCUUUCUCGCAGGAGCAGCGCUCAUAUCGAUCCCGUCGGCCGCGUUGUUCCGCCAUUGCGGCCGCCUCAAUGGAUUUUUGAUCGGCUGCGGGUUAUGCGUUUGUUCUGGUGUUGCUGGUGCAAUUGGGUUGAUCUGCAAUAUUCCCUCGCUGAUAUUUAUCUCCUCCUUCCUGGCUGGACUAGCCCAGGGCCUGUCUCACUUCUAUAGAUUCGCGGCAUUGGAGGUUUGCUCGCCAUCGCAGCGACCAUAUGCGGUGACACUUGUCCUUUCCGGCGGCGUCAUUGCAGCGGUCGCAGGGCCAAACCUGGCCCUCGCAACGAAAGAGCUUGGCCGAGUGUUUGGGGAUUCGCGGCGCUACGAAUUCCUCGGCGCGUUUGCCGGGAUCAGCACCAUCGGGGUCCUCAACGCGCUCUUCUCGGUCUGCGUCACGUUCCCAGCGUCUGCCGGCAAAACAUCUGCGCCAGUCUCACAGAGCCUGCCUCGGCUGAUGUGCGCGGAUCCGCGAUGCAUCGCUGCUGUCGCCAUCGCAGCACUCGCCCACACCAGCAUGGUCUCUCUCAUGAGCCCUCUCGUGGUGGUCAUGCACGACGGCUGCGAGGCCGACGCGUAUCCCAUCGGCAGUUGCUGGAGCGACACGUACUCGAGCCUCACGUUGCAACUCCACUUUCUGGCCAUGUUCGGCCCAGGGUUUGUCACGGGCCGCGUCAUCUCGACGCUUGGCCCACAGCGGACCUCUUGUUGCGGCGCCUUCCUUCUGCUUAUCGCAGCGGGCACGCUUGCGGCCGGAGGGGCGCUCGAAAAUUUCAUCGCUGGCAUGACGCUGUGCGGGCUGGGUUGGAAUCUGUGCUUCACUGCGGGCACAUUGCUUCUCGCCUCGAGCGAGAUGCUGCGCGAGUGCAGGCUCAGCCUAGCCAAUGGAGCCAACGAUUUCAUCAUCUUCUUCUUUGCCGGCAUCGGCAGCACUGGGAGCGGCUACAUCAAUGGGAUAUACGGCUGGCGCUGCGUCGCUGGCAUCAUCGUCCUGGCCUUGAUUCUGGCCCUGGCUCUACUCAUGCUUAUGAAAAACUCAGACCGACUGUGA